CAAGUAACGACACCGCACACCGUCGUCAAAAUGGUCAACAUUCCCAAGACCCGUAACACCUACUGCAAGGGCAAGGAGUGCCGCAAGCACACCCAGCACAAGGUCACCCAGUACAAGGCUGGCAAGGCCUCCCUGUUCGCCCAGGGUAAGCGACGUUACGACCGGAAGCAGAGCGGUUAUGGUGGUCAGACCAAGCCCGUCUUCCACAAGAAGGCCAAGACCACCAAGAAGGUCGUGCUGCGGUUGGAGUGCGUCAAGUGCAAGACCAAGUUGCAGCUGGCCCUGAAGCGAUGCAAGCACUUCGAACUGGGUGGUGACAAGAAGACGAAGGGUGCGGCUCUGGUGUUCUAAAUGCGUUGUUUUCCGGUCUUACCAAUUCUUAUGCUUCUCCUUGCGGCAUACGGGCAUCAUGGAACUUGGCGAAGGGGGGGGUUACUGGUCCUUGUUUAGGGGACAGCGGCUCAUAGGAAACGAAUAAAAAAGAUUUCUUCAUGACCGCCAUUCACACGCGUUUUCUUGGCACCGGUCACAGUGUUUAGGGUGGGAAGAAGCACAGCCAACCCGGGGGACAAGAUUCCAAUCCACGAUGGGCCUGGUGUCUCUUUGCUGGGCAACUUUUUCACAUCACGG